AUGAAGUCCAAUCAGCUUUGUGGCAUUUCCUGCUGGCAUCCGGCCUGGUUGCAGCGAUAUGCCACCCCAAGGUCGUUCAUCGUCGUGUAUGGAUUUUUGGGAACCGUGCAGGCCAUGGCAUACAUCUACUUUGUCAUCACACUCACGACGCUGGAGAAACGAUUCAAAAUUCCCUCCUCAACGACAGGUAUCAUACUUAGUGGCAACGAAAUUUCACAGAUCCUGCUCUCCCUCAUCCUUUCGUACGUCGGUGGCCAUCGAAACCGUCCACGAUGGAUCGCAUGGGGUGUAGUGUUUUGUGCCCUGUCCUGUUUCAUCCUCGCCCUGCCACACUUCAUCUACGGUGCCGGUGAUGAAGCGCUCCGUCUAACGAAGGAGUACAUUCGCGAGCGUGAAGAGGACGAAGCACACAUCCGGCAGCACCAAAACUACACGAUCAUGGUGAAAAGCACGAACCGGCUGUGUUUGGAUACGUCCUCACCGAAAGAGUGUCUUGAAACGAUAUCUGUCGUACCACUGGUGUUGAUCUUCAUGUCACAAUUCGUGCUAGGUAUUGGUAACACACUGUACUACUCGCUUGGGCAAACCUAUUUGGAUGAUAACACGAAGAAAACCAAUACUCCGCUGAUGUUGGCAUAUGCGUCCUCGUUGCGUACUUUCGGACCGGUUGUUGGAUUUGCGCUUGGUUACUUCGCGCUGAAGAUUUACAUUGACCCCAGCAAAACGCCGAUCAUUGACAGUUCCGAUCCUCGGUGGCUUGGAGCAUGGUGGUUGGGAUGGAUUCUUCUCGGAGCCGCCAUGAUCGUGUUUGCCUUCCUUAUUGGCAUGUUUCCUAAGGAGAUCCCGAAGAAAAGCAAGCCAGCGGGAUCGGCCGAUAAUCGACCACACUCUGCCGUACCCGUGAUACUUAUGAACGACGCCGAAGCAUUCGGUAUGGAGAAGGAAAGCCUCAGCAAACGUCAGCAACGCACAGUGUCGGAAAAUGCCAUCGAAUUCACGGAGAGCAUCGUAGAGUUUCCCAAACUGAAAGAUUUCCCGAUGGCUUUAAUGCGUCUGCUGAAGAACAAGCUGCUCAUGUUCAACAUUCUGUCGGGGAUAUUCUACAUCCUCGGUUCGAGCGGGUAUAUCACGUUCCUCAGCAAGUACAUCGAGGUGCAGUUCCACAAAUCCACGGCCAAUGCGACCGUUAUAACGGGUCCAAUCACCCUGUUCGGUAUGGUUGCCGGUUUCCUCAUAUCCGGUAUCGUCAUAUCAAAGAAGAAACCUUCACCGAAGAAACUGCUCUUCUGGAACGUGAUCGUUGGGGCCGGCUACAUGGUCGGUCAGAUUUCCUACCUCUUCCUCACGUGUCCCGACGGUACAAUGCCGCUUGUUCAGGGCAGGUUAAACCUCACGACUGACUGCAACAGCCAUUGUCACUGUGAUGGCAUCCCGUACAGUCCGAUCUGUCAGGAAGAGACUGGAAUUACCUUCUUCUCUGCCUGUCACGCUGGCUGUGAAUCGUGGCAUACGACCGAAAAGUACUACGAUAGCUGUUCCUGUCAGAAUGAGAACUAUUCUCCCAUCACUAAGCUGCCUUGGGAGCGAUCGACGAGUAGCAUGGCACAGUUCACAACACGUACAACGAAUCCUUACUCUUCUACGACUUACACAUCUGGUGAGGUUCGUGACACAUCCACAGCUAGUUGGCUGAGUUCCACCACAACUGGCACGGUUUCUCCAACGCUCGAUAUAGGCACGAUAGCACCGGAACUAUCCGACAAGAUAAAACUGCUCGAAGGGAGCGAACCACUGGUAAAUUAUACGCUAAAUCGCGGGCAGGAUCAUCAACAGCAGGACGGCCAAAGUCCGGAGACUACCCUCGAAGAACAUGCGAGAGAGUCAGACAAUACUGAUGCGGUGGAACACGUGGAUACACCUUCACCAGAGCAUGAGACUGGUCCUUCGACUUCAAAUUCUGAACCGUUACGAAGAAGAAAACGUACGAUCGAGUCCACCAGCACGGAAAUGCCUUCGACUGCUGAUGCUAGCCCGCCUGAUAGCAUCCUGUACUCAGCCAAGCUAGUUCCUGGAGCAUGCAUCCAGGGAUGUGCUUUAGGUUUCUAUCUCUUCUCAAUCAUCUCGAGCAUCAUCAACUGUCUCGGGGCGUCGGGAAGGAUCGGUAAUCUGCUCGUCAACUAUCGGUGCGUUUCGAAGCAGGACAAAUCAUUUACCCAGGGCCUGAUCCUGAUGAUGAUCAGCCUGUUCGCGCUCAUUCCCGGACCGAUCAUUUACGGACGUAUCAUCGACAGUACGUGCUUGGUGUGGACAGAGGAGUGUGGCAAGCGGGGAAAUUGUCAGCUUUACGAUCAAAGGCUGUUCCGAUAUUACAUCAACAUAACGGCAUUAUGUCUGACAUCGGUUGGUGUAUUUUUCGAUGGCCUGGUUUGGUGGUACGGCAAAUCGCUCGACUUGUACGGUGAUCGAGAAAUGGCGGAGCAACAACAGCGACAACAGCAGAGCAACAAAGUUCAUCCUGAACCGAUCAGCAAUCAUGCGUUCAAACAUGAUACGUGAUACGAAACCAAGAUGCAU